UUUCUGUCGUUUGGUGAGAAAACAUCAAGUAAUGAUCUCAUGUGUCCCUGCUGUGCCAUGGGCAGAGGCGGGGAAGUCUGACAUCUUGUCCUAGUGGGCAGGGAUUCAAGGUACCGACAAGGUGGGGUAGCUCUUAAUUUUGUUCCUGAUCAUCCUGCUUAAAUAGACCUCUUCCCUGGAGGCCAUGAUGGCGCUGGACGAGGAGCUCUAUUCGACAAUUCCUGUGGGAGGCUUUUUCGGACUCGAAGAAGAACUUUGCUGUCAAGAAAAUGGGGCUUCAAAGAGUUUUGCUUGGCUUCGCAGCUGUGAGUACGCUGGCAGCUACCAGUGGAAAUGCUCAAUGUCCCGAUUAUUCUACAUUCUCCCAGCAAAAACAUGAACCGUAUUCUACGGGUCGAUAUCAGCUCUCAUAUAUGAGACCUGAGCCAGCAUGUCGGACCUUCAAUUCAAGCAUCGUGGAACAAACAUUGAUCGACAUGCAAUCCGUAAUCAAGGACCCAGACUUGUAUCGAUUGUUCUACAAUUCGUUCCCAAAUACGCUCGAUACGGCAGUCAAAUGGAAGGGCUUCGCUGCCAACAAUUCAGCAGAAGAAUUGACAUUCUUGAUUACGGGAGACAUCAACGCUAUGUGGUUGAGAGAUUCGGCAAACCAAAUGCAGAGUUACCUUACGCUGCUAAAUGCAAGCUCAAGCUACGAUUCCAUCGCCAGUUUAUAUCGAGGAGUCAUUAAUCUCCAAGCACGAUACAUCAAUGAAGCACCAUUCUGCAAUUCCUUCCAACCGCCUGUAGAGUCAGGUCUUCCCGCCGAGCAAAACCAAGCUACUCCCGACAAUUUCACGCCUCCAAAAUCAAACCUCACAGUUUUCGAAUGCAAAUACGAAUUGGACUCACUCGCAGCAUUCUUAGAGAUCUCGACCAAUUACUACGAAGCCACGGGUGAUAUUGAUUUCUUUAGAAAAUUCCAAUGGGUUGAUGCUAUCAAUACUAUCAUUUCGACAACGGAGAGCUUGCUCAUUGGUACUUAUGCUUCGAAUGGGAGUGUGAAUACCCUUCCUUAUACCUGGCAGCGACAAACAACAUCGGGGACAGAAACACUUUCGAACUCAGGGAGAGGAAAUCCGGUACAAAGUGGCACAGGGUUGGUAAGGUCGGCGUUCAGACCCAGUGAUGAUGCGACUAUCUAUCAACUAUUCAUCCCAGCAAACAUGAUGUUCUCUCGAUAUCUCGACUCGGCGUCCACCAUCAUGGCCAACAUCGGCAAUGAAAGAAACCUCGCAAAUCAUAUGCACAACUUCUCCGGCAGGAUCAAAGACGCCAUCACUCAAUACGGCAUCGUCACAGACCCAAAAUACGGACAAGUGUACGCCUAUGAAGUCGACGGUUUCGGCUCAGUAAACCGAAUGGACGACGCCAAUAUCCCCAGUCUCCUCAGCGCUCCAUUCUUCGGCUACUUAAACGCCACUGAUCCCAUCUAUCAAAACACAAGGAAUUUCGUCCUCAGCGCAGAUAACGGGUAUUACAUGCGAGGUCCCGUCCUCAGCGCCGUCGGUGGACCACACGAUGGCUUCGGUCUAGCCUGGCCCAUGGCAUCCAUAAUCCGCAUCUUCACCAGCAGCGACACAUCAGAAAUUGAAGGCCAGCUCAAACAGCUUGUUUCUUCGACCGAUGGACUGGGUUUAAUUCAUGAGAGUAUUAAUUCGUUUGACGAGACUAUCUGGACGAGGGAGUGGUUCAGUUGGGCGAAUGGGUUGUUUGGGCAGUGUUUGUUGGAUUUGAGAGCUAGGGGUUUCACGGGGGUGCUGGCUGCGAGCUAUCAGUGAGUUGGGAAGCCGCUUGGGGCAGAGUGUCAGU